GCAGAGAAGGUAAAUAUUUUAAUUUGGAAAGGAAAAAUGAAGACCAGAUUAAAAAACAGGAUGUUUUGAGGCAAGUGUAAAGUAAAGCUUUGAAUUUGGGAUCUUGAAGUAUACAAGGCGAGCUUUGAAGUUAAACAUGCUUGCUAAGUUUCUUUUUUUAAAGCUGUUUAAACUAAAAAGCAAAUAUCCACUUCACAUCUGCCUUCUAAAAAUUAUCUACAGUGUGACUGAUAAGACUUUGGCCUUUAAUCCAUCUUUCUAUGGCAUAAGCCUAAAAUUUGUUUGUUUCCAACAACCAAAGCCUGUAGCCUGUAUAACAGAAUUUUCUUCUGUUUAUAAGCUUAGUGCAGAAACCUCUUUAGUGGAGGAUAGCAACCAUGCAUUGAUGACAAAGCUCUCUGACCUGGAACAUAAUUUUGGCUCUGCUAGUAUAUUUUUGUGUGUGACCUUAGAUAAGUCACUGUACUGUUCUCUGAAUUUCUCCUUCUUACGGGGAGAUAUUCAUAAAAAUAAUUGUAAACUACUUCGUGGAAAUCCUUUUGUUUAAAGGGCUGCCAAUGAAUACCAGUCACAAGAUUCAGCAAAUCUCCCUCCAGAAGCUGAGCUUCUUGAAGGACAGGGAACUUUUUCUUCUUUGACUCAGCAGUAUUAUAUUUGUAAUACUGUUCCUGGCCUAUAAGACGGUCUCAAAUACUGUAAAUUUAUGACUAUUAAGCAGAUUGCAGUCUUGGCAGCCCACUGCCUCUUAAGUAUCUUUUCUGUGAUUCUUUUCACACUCAGCAUCUAAAUGGCCGCCGCUAUUUGCUCUAGGAUAAGUACCCAAGGCAUUUACUUAAAAAUACUCAUGUCUAGAGUGAUAACUUUUGUCUUUGGGUCACCAUUUCGCUUUUCCGAGGUACUGCACUCUAGACUUGGGAUCUGGGUCCCGAGGCACAGGGAAGAGUUCAGUACGGGAAGCUCAUCGUCUCGCCCUCUGAUUGGUCGGCUCGCACUCCACUCACGCAACUCGCGUCCUUGAUUGGCCACCGUGGCACCCCUUAGCCCGCGACUACUUUGUGUGCGGGGGCAGCGCGCUCAGAUCCUCGGUCUCAGCUUGCCGUCUGGGCUGGUAUGUGCUAGUUCUUCGGCUCACUGCUCUGCAUCGCGGGCGCCAGGAAUUUCCCGAGUCUGAGCGGGGUCUCCUGCAGAGUGUCCACGCUGUGCUCAGACUCGAUGAAAACCUUCUUGUUGGGCAGGUCGAUCUCAAACUGAACUCCUCCCAGCUUGUUGAGGACCCGAGUGACCGCGUUACUACAGCCUUCACAGGUUGCUGCUUUGCUAAGAGAGUACCCAUGACUCUGAUGAUGUUUUCAUUCAAGAUAAAGUGCCCUAUUGACUUUAUUCAUUAACUGAACAAAUUCAGUUGAUAAUUUCAGUGACCCAGAUUCAAGCAAUCAUAUUUUUCUUUGGAGAUAAAUGGUUUCGUCAGCUUCGUAUGUUCUAGGGGAAGGAAGCAUGUAGAGUCCAUGAAGCACAGGAUAACAAAGCUUCCUACUCGCACCACCAGAGGAUCUCUUUGAAAGAUUCACCACAGGACUACCAGAGACAGUAAUUUGUCUGAAGCAUCAUGUGUUGAAACAACAGAAGGCUAUACCUUUGCACUAACAGGAAAUAGAGUUAAAAUGUUUUCAAUUCUUUGAGCUCCAGGACGCCGGGGAAGUGAGUUGAAAAUCUGAAAAUGCGGCCAUGGACUGGUUCCUGGCGUUGGAUUAUGCUCAUUCUUUUUGCCUGGGGAACCUUGCUGUUUUAUAUAGGUGGUCAUUUGGUACGAGAUAAUGACCACCCUGAUCACUCUAGCCGAGAACUGUCCAAGAUCCUGGCAAAGCUUGAGCGCUUAAAACAGCAAAAUGAAGACUUGAGGCGAAUGGCUGAAUCUCUCCGGAUACCAGAAGGCCCCGAUCAGGGGCCAGCUUCUGGAAGGGUUCGUGCUUUAGAAGAGCAGCUUGUGAAGGCCAAAGAACAGAUUGAAAGUUAUAAGAAACAAACUAGAAAUGGUCUGGGGAAGGAUCAUGAAAUCCUAAGGAGGAGGAUUGAAAAUGGAGCUAAAGAGCUCUGGUUUUUUCUACAAAGUGAAUUGAAGAAAUUAAAGAAUUUAGAAGGAAAUGAACUCCAAAGACAUGUAGAUGAAUUUUUGUCAGAUUUGGGACAUCAUGAAAGGUCUAUAAUGACAGAUCUACACUACCUCAAACAAACAGAUGGAGCAGGUGACUGGCGGGAAAAAGAGGCCAAAGAUCUGACAGAGCUGGUCCAGCGAAGAAUAAUGUAUCUUCAGAAUCCCAAGGACUGCAGCAAAGCGAAGAAGCUAGUAUGUAAUAUCAAUAAAGGCUGUGGCUAUGGCUGUCAACUCCAUCAUGUGGUCUAUUGCUUCAUGAUUGCAUAUGGCACCCAGCGAACACUUAUCUUGGAAUCUCAGAAUUGGCGCUAUGCUACUGGUGGAUGGGAAACUGUCUUUAGACCUGUAAGUGAGACCUGCACAGACAGAUCUGGUAUCUCCUCUGGACACUGGUCAGGUGAAAUAAAAGACAAAAAUGUGCAGGUGGUCGAGCUCCCCAUUGUAGACAGUCUUCAUCCUCGUCCUCCGUAUUUACCGCUGGCUGUCCCAGAAGACCUCGCAGAACGUCUAGUUCGAGUGCAUGGUGAUCCUGCAGUGUGGUGGGUGUCUCAGUUUGUCAAAUACUUGAUCCGCCCACAACCCUGGUUGGAAAAGGAAAUAGAAGAGGCCACCAAGAAGCUUGGCUUCAAACAUCCGGUUAUUGGAGUCCAUGUCAGACGCACAGACAAAGUGGGGACAGAAGCAGCCUUCCAUCCCAUUGAGGAGUACAUGGUACAUGUUGAAGAACAUUUUCAGCUUCUUGCUCGCAGGAUGCAAGUGGAUAAAAAGAGAGUGUAUUUGGCCACGGAUGACCCUUCGUUAUUAAAGGAGGCAAAAACAAAGUACCCCAGUUAUGAAUUUAUUAGUGAUAAUUCUAUCUCUUGGUCAGCUGGAUUGCAUAAUCGAUACACAGAAAAUUCACUUCGGGGUGUGAUUCUGGAUAUACACUUUCUGUCCCAGGCAGACUUCUUAGUGUGUACUUUUUCAUCCCAGGUCUGUCGAGUUGCUUAUGAAAUCAUGCAAACACUGCAUCCUGAUGCCUCUGCAAACUUCCAUUCUUUGGAUGACAUCUACUAUUUUGGGGGUCAAAACGCCCACAACCAGAUCGCCAUUUACCCUCACCAACCUCGAACUGCAGAUGAAAUCCCCAUGGAACCUGGAGAUAUCAUUGGUGUGGCUGGAAAUCACUGGGAUGGCUAUUCUAAAGGUGUCAACAGAAAACUGGGAAGGACGGGCCUGUAUCCCUCCUACAAAGUCCGAGAGAAGAUAGAAACAGUCAAGUACCCCACAUAUCCUGAAGCCGAGAAAUAAAGCUUACGAUGGAAGAGAAGGACAACCAAACUCAGUUCAACCAUUUGAGCCAAACAAUAGAUGAAGAAGGCCCUGACCUAACAAUACAUGGUUAAAUCAGUAGAUACCUUCAGCACCAGGAGCACCUGAGAACUGACCGAUGCUUCAUUGGUGGGAUUCCUCUUUAACAAGGGCUACAAUGCGCCCAAACCCAUGCACAGUUCAAUAAUGUACUCACUUAUUACGUGCAGACAGGUUUUCUACUUUGCCUCUUCUUUCAAGAUUAUGUCCCCAUGAAACAAACACUGCCACAUUGUGUAAUUUAAGUGACACAGACAUUUUGUGUGAGACUUCAAACAUGGUGCCUAUAUC